AUGGCAGAGGUCCUUGGCAUUGUCACCGGCAGCAUUGCUCUUCUUGAGGUCGCCGGUCGUCUCGGCGGCCGCGUCCUCAAGCUCAAGAAGCUGUUUGAUGAGCUCAAGGAGGUGUCAGAUACCAUCCGCAGCCUGAUGGAGCAGGUGGCGGUCGUCGAGCCGAUUCUCGGCGAGAUGGACGACAACCUCGCCUCCUCGGCCGGCACCUCGUCUUUGACCUGGCCUCUCUUACGAAAUGACCCCGCGGCGCUGAAGAGCCUUGAGUACUGCCGCCAGACGAAAGACGAACUGGCGAUGCUUGUUGAGGAGCUCUCGAGUGAGAUCGCGGCGACGAAGCGCUCAAAGCGAUACCGUGCCCGAGCCAAAGUCUAUCUGGGGAAGGAAGCCCUCGCUCGAUGCGAGCGUAGAUUACAGCUGGCGCUAGUUCUCUUGCAGAGCGCGCAGAGCCUUUACACACAAGCGCUGGUAAGAGUUCAGCCUGACGUUAUCAUGUCGCGCGUGGCAGCCCUGUUUCCGCCUGCGGGCGAGACGCCUCAAGUCGUCGAAGUGGAAGAAGAAGACGAGGUCGUCGACGAAGAAGGCGUCGUGCUCCUACAGAGGGCUCGUCCUCGCAAGCCGGCACAAAAGUGGACAAGCAAGACGCAGACGACUGUAUGGUCCUCGCCAUAUGCACUUCUCAUGUAUGGCGUACCCGGUCUCUUGAUCGUCCCCAUCGAGGGUUAA